GGCGGCGCGGGGCGGCGAGGAGCUGCCGCCGCCGCCUCCCCUCACCUCAGGCGCUGCCGGCGCGGAGCGGAGCGGGCAGGGCCGGGCCAGCCCGGGCCCGGCCGCCCGCUGCCCCCCCACCCCCCACCAUCCCCCCCCUUCCCUCCCGCCUCCGCCGCCCCCCGGCCGCCACCAUGCAGGAGCUCAUCGCCAGCGUGGACCACAUCAAGUUCGACCUAGAGGUGGCCGUGGAGCAGCAGCUGGGGGCGCAGCCGCUGCCCUUCCCCGGCAUGGACAAAUCAGGUGCAGCUGUCUGUGAAUUUUUUUUAAAAGCGGCCUGUGGGAAAGGAGGCAUGUGCCCGUUCCGACACAUCAGCGGGGAAAAGACUGUUGUUUGCAAACACUGGCUACGAGGACUGUGCAAAAAGGGAGACCAGUGCGAGUUUCUGCACGAGUAUGACAUGACCAAGAUGCCCGAGUGUUACUUCUACUCCAAAUUUGGGGAAUGCAGUAACAAAGAAUGUCCGUUCUUGCACAUCGACCCGGAAUCUAAGAUCAAGGACUGUCCCUGGUAUGACAGAGGCUUCUGUAAACAUGGUCCCCUCUGCAGACACCGGCACACUCGAAGAGUCAUUUGUGUGAAUUACCUUGUAGGAUUCUGUCCGGAGGGGCCCACCUGUAAAUUCAUGCACCCACGGUUUGAACUGCCAAUGGGAACCACAGAGCAACCACCGCUGCCUCAGCCGACACAGACCCAGCAAAAGAGGACACCUCAAGUCAUUGGAGUCAUGCAGUCACAAAAUAACAACACUGGGAACAGAGGACCCCGGCCGCUGGAACAGGUCACCUGCUACAAGUGCGGUGAAAAAGGUCAUUAUGCCAACAGAUGCACCAAAGGACAUCUGGCCUUUCUCAGUGGGCAGUGAAAGAGCAGGACGAAGAGUGCGAGCGAGCUGUUAGCACUGAGCAAAGGUUUCUGCCGAGCACUAUGUCUUGAACUAUUAAUCAGGUUGUUUUUUAAUGCCAUUACUGAAAGAACUGGUCAGAGGCUGGCUGCUGCUAAGCAACGUUUUUGUAAUUGUCCACGACUUUUUUUUAUGUUUUAACCUUUUUAAAAAUAAGAUUUUUUGGCCUCCACGUGUUUUCAUUGAGCCCUGCUGAAAGGUAGAUCUGAAACCAAAAUAGAUAAAGCGAACCCCUCACCAGUGCAGCGCUCCACGUAAACGCAUCUUCCUCCAGUGUUUCUUUAAAGUGUUUUGCCGCUUCUCUUUGGAGAACCUGCAGCGUCUCAGCCCUCCCUGUGGAAGCAGGAAGACUGACUGGGAAAAUUAAUACUUGAAAUUCCCUCCCUUCAGUGCGGAAGCAGGAAUUCUGCUGUCCUGUAGCUCUUAAAAAGCAAAAAGUCAUGUUCCCAGGUCCAGCCUGUGGUAGUCGCUGAGCUCGUCCCAGCGGCUGAUGCCUCCCGUACAUCAGGCUGUAAAAUUCUUGUCCGCUUGCUUUAGUUCUGUGUUUCUGGCUAUACUGAAGGUUAGAAAUUAAUCUUCUGGGUGAGAACCGAUCAAGGGGAGAAUAAAUUGGCAUCUCUGUGGUUCACUAAACAAUGAGGAAUAAUGGUUGUAGGAAAAAAAAAUGCAUCUGUGCUCAUUUUCCAUUUGCAAAAAGCGAGGAGGGAAAAUGAACACGGCUGGAAGAGCUUUGUCUUGCCCCCGGCAUCAUCCAGCUCACACAGAGCAGGUAUUUCCGUAGCCUGGAGAAAACCAAGAGGUGGAGAUGUAUAUUCUCAUGGAACACUGCUUUAAAAAGUGGUGGAGCAUUCUUCCGAGAGCAAUUUUUCAAGCCAAACCCCACUCAUUUUGUGAGACUAUUUCAAAAGGGCCAAUGACAAAAUGUGAAUUAAAAAAAAAAAAUGCACCUAUGAUAUGAGCCUUAUUGAUUCUGACCCAUCUCUCAUUUGCUGACUGCCUUUAUACUUUGUUUUUAUGGAAAUGUAAUGAUGGAAAAAUUUGGCUGUGGAUUAAUUUUUUGGUUUUCUUUUUUUUUUUAAGAACAAGGUAACAUGAGUAGUUUAAGAGAA